CAAAAAACAGAAAAUAAAAAGGAAAUAAUGGGUUGUGCUAGUAGUACGCCAAUGAUACAAACAACCGGAAGUGAAAUGUUAAAAGCAGCCACACAUGUUGCCUCAGAUGCAACAAAAACUGCUGAAGAUGCUGUAGAAGGCGCAAAAGAUUCCGUUGGCAAAACUCUGGAGACCGCAAAAGAUUCGGUGGCUACAACGGUCGAAAGUGUUAAACAUGAAGUAGAGAAUGUGGUCAAAGAAAAAUCCGAAAUGUUGGAGGAUGCCUCAAAUAAACUAAUGGAAAAAUUGCAUUUAAAACACAACGAGAACGAGGACAGCAGCAACAAAAACGAAGAACAUCCGGAAACGGAUGAAUUGAAAACUGAAUUAGAUGAAUGUUUAAAACAGAGCAAGGGAAAUGAUGAUGCAGGCAUCAGUAGUAGUUUGGCGGAGAGUGCAGCAACGAAAGAGCUAACACGUACUGAUACUGAAACGGAUAGUUUGAGAACUUCUACACCGGAACCGGAAAUCGAACAGGCAUUAGCUAAAAGCCAUGAUGAUCCGCAGGAUGAUGACGAGGAUAAUCCACCCACACCAAAGCCCACACUAUCAGAAUUGGAAAAUCUAACAGCAGAAGUUCUAAAGCAGCAGCCACAAGAGGCAACAGCGGUAAUGGUGGUCAAUGACCUUGCAAAGAGUAAUGAGCCACUAAUGUCAGCCAUGCAUGAAAACAUUAAAACGCUUGAUAGCAACAACAUGUCGUCGUUAAUUGCUGACAACAGCCACACCACAAAGGACAAUGAGCCAACGACAACAGCAGCAGCAGCAGCAAUAGUGGCAACUAACAAUGAUAUUAAGUCCAAUAAUAUGCACAAAACACCUCAAAUUCCAACAGCAGUACAACCGAAACAUAUACAAACGCGUUCGCACUCCCAACAUCCACCACCUUUGCUGCCUUUGACUUUAGCAACGACUGCUAUAGCCACAGCCACAGCUGCAGCAACAGUUCAGCCUAGAGCUACAAAGGAAAAAGAAACUACAAAGUUGUCUCAAGCAGCAGUAGUGCCACCAGCACCCACCGUCGUGUUGCAACAACAUCAUCCUCCACCCGUAAAAGUAAAGAAAAUAAAAGUUCACAAAAUUAUUGUGAGAAACCCUUCGGAAACCGAAGAAAAACGCCCUGGCACCACAGAAUGGGAGAAAUUUGCCGAUAUGUUGGCUCAAGUACGAAAAUUCAAUCCCCAUGAUGCCUUAAGACGUGGCGGCACCUUCUCAAAAUUUGGUGGCACUGGACCCCUGAGAGAGCGUCCCUCCCAUUUGGGUCAUCAUAUACGUGGUGGCAUGGAUGAUGAUAGCAGUGAUACAACCUCCAACUUUCGCGGCAGUCCCCAUAAUUCACAACGUUCUAGUGCUCGGGCAGGUGGUAGAGUGCAACGUUUACCAAAUCGUCCGAAUACCGGCAACACACGUCGCAAUAGCAAUGCUAGCUCUACAACGGGACGCAAAUUCGAUUUUAAUCCAGCACGUUCGCGUGUCAAUGAACUCGUCACAACCGUAAGUUCUACUCCCCUUAUAACUUCUUCUUUACAGACCACCACCAACACCGUACUCUCACAAAUACCUUAUGCACCCUACCAUCUUAACAAUGAGAGUGUUAAAUCUCCCGCAAACAUGAGAUCACAUCACUCUCGUAGCGAUACGAGAACCUUGCCACCUUUGGAUGCCAUAGAGCGUGCAAGCUCACGUUCUCACCACCAACACUUUAGACAUGAUUAUGCUCCUACUAGCGCCUUUGACCACAAUGGCAGUAGUAUGCCAUUGCAAAGCGAUCUCUAUGAAAGCCAUGAAACGUCCACACUAACACGUCAAUCUUCCAACACUUCUUUAUUUAGUAAUAAUAGCUCAUAUGUGGAUACAGUACAUGCGUUUAAAUCAUCCACCCUGGAUGUUAACCCACCUCAUGUCAAGAAUACCUCAUCGUUCCUAACGACACCACGCAGCUCACCGUUUAGUAUAAGAAAAUCGUAUACGGAUCUGUACUUUAGUGCUACUAGUAAUAAGGAGAAUAAGCCGCAUACUCUGCCGGAGUUGUGUUCGAGGGACAAGAGUCCCUAUAAAAUACGUAAACGCUGUGAUGUAUGCUGUAAAAAGUAUUCAAUAAAAUAA